AUGACAUCAGUGAGCAAUAAGGAGGACGAUGGUUUUGAUCCAAAAUACUCUCUUGUCUAUAUGAACUCAACGGCUGCUCUCAUGGAAACAUUAUUCAAAAACAUGAAAGACGAGGACUUUGUGUAUCCAUCAAAAAAGACCGUUGGCGCUGAUGAAGGAAGAAUUAUCAGAUGCGAAGAGCUGAUGAGCAGAAAACAAAAAGCGUCUGCUGAGCAAUCGACAUUCAUUCUCGGCGAUCCAUAUCUCGAGUCAAUGUUGGCAAAGAUGAGCGACGAGGACUUCACAUAUGAGACCAAGAAACCAGUGGAUCCUAAUUAUGGACGUGUUGUUCGUGCUUUGGAGUUGAUGGAACUCGCGGGUUGCUCUACUGAUGAUGUGCAUGUGAAGAUUAAUAUCGAAACUGCUGAAACUAUUGAACCCCCACAGAAAGAGAACGUAGCUAGUGGGGACAGUCAACAAGACCGGGGAUCUAACUCAAGUCAACCGGAUGAACGUGAUAGUGGAAGUGAUAAUGGAGACCGCAACAAGAAAUUCGCGUCUCAAAAAAAACAAAACAACAAAGGACGUGUCAAGUACAACAUUCAAUCAUGGAAAAACGAUCAUCGUUCAUCUGGAAAUGACAAAAAUUAUGUCCCAAGAAGACAGUCCACCGACAGCUAUCGCCCAUUGAAUCAAAAAGUUGCCAACGGCAAUGAGAACGGAACUCAUUCUUAUGAAAACCGCACUUUCUCACCACAAAACGAGAUGUUCAGGGAUUACGGUAACAACGGAGGAUCCCGCUAUCCAAAGAAUCCAGGAUAUAGCAACAACGGUCGUGGAAGAGGAAACCGACGUGGUGGGUACGGUGAGUACAACUCCAACAAUGGCCAGCAGAGAACCACGGAUGUCGACCGUGAUCAGGGUUGGAAUACCAGCCAGAGAUCAAACUGGAAUGGCAACCAAGGAGCUAACACUGCUCAAAAGUUUUGGACCGGAGUUUACAAUGAAGAGCAGAUGUGGAAGUGA